ACUUCCGUUUCCAAGGGUCCCUCUUUUCCGGCUCCAGGGCCGCUCUAGGCUUCAACCUCGUCCGCUGGCCCCAAAGCUCCGUGGUUACUGGGCGGGGCCGUGACGUCCUUGGCGUGGCUGCAAGGGAGGCCUCAGCCGGGAAAAUGGCGGACGGAAAGGCGGGAGAGGAGAAGCCUGAGAAGCCGAAGCGAGCUGGAGCCGCCGGAGGACCUGAAGAAGAAGCAGAAAAACCUGUGAAAACUAAGACUGUUUCUUCCAGUAAUGGAGGGGAAAGUUCCAGUCGCAGCGCUGAAAAGCGAUCAGCUGAAGAAGAAGCUGCAGACCUCCCAACAAAGCCUACAAAGAUCUCCAAGUUUGGAUUUGCCAUAGGUAGUCAGACAACAAAGAAAGCAUCAGCUAUAUCCAUCAAACUUGGAUCAAGUAAGCCUAAAGAAACUGUUCCAACUCUUGCUCCAAAAACCCUUUCAGUAGCAGCAGCUUUUAAUGAAGAUGAAGAUAGUGAACCAGAGGAAAUGCCUCCAGAAGCAAAGAUGAGGAUGAAGAAUAUUGGAAGGGAUACACCAACAUCAGCUGGACCAAACUCUUUCAAUAAAGGAAAGCAUGGGUUUUCUGAUAACCAGAAGCUAUGGGAACGAAAUAUAAAAUCUCACCUUGGAAAUGUCCAUGACCAAGACAAUUAAAUGAUGUGUUUUGAAUUGGGGUGUGGGGUGGGUGUAAAGUUACAAGGAACAGUUUCCUUUUUUAAAAUGCAAACUGUUCAUUUUUGUCCAUUUUACUGUUUGUUAAAAUAACAUCCCUCUCCUACAUACUCUUUUCUUGACCCAAAUGAAAUACUAAGCUAAGGUCAAGAUGAGGAGAGAAACGACUGAGAUGAAUGUCUUUACUAAAAUAACCAAUAAAUUUUGUCAAACUCAAUAGUGUUCUGAUUCUCUAUUCCAUUUAAUUAUUGGUUACUCUUUUGUUUUCUUUUUUUAAACAGAGCAGUUGAGACAAAUGAAGUAUUGCUGCUCUUGUCCAGAUUGUUGGCUAAAGUAAAGGGAAAUUAAAAAUUCUUAGAGUUAAUUAGAGUCCACAUAAUUUAGCACAUAUAGUUCAUAUAAUUGGAAUAGCUUUAAUCCAAAUCCUUUUCCACUGCCAAAGGAUUGUCUGUCCUGUGCUUUGGAAAUCCUGCCAAAGCAUACCCUUGAAAAUCCUUAAGGGUUAGAAAGUAUUCUUUUACUAGUGUCUUCUGUCAUCCUAUAUAUAAAAUUAAGACCAUAAAUAAAUUUUAAAAAAAUC